CAUUUUGCCAAAAGCAGCGCUGUCAGGCCAACAGAACAGAAGACGUUGGGAACGAAGGGUGGUACAACAGAGAAGCUGCUAUGCCCAGUCGUAUUCCAAUUUUCUUGAUCCCGGGCUUCUGCUGCUCUCAGCAACCCCAGAGAUCCUCCAGCUUCUCUGACUCUGGCUACUUUAGCCAAACCCCUUUGCAGCCUGAAGCCUCAGCUCCCCCGACACCGCCCGGCAGUGGGGUGGAGGCAGGGCCAACUGCGGAACCGCCCCCAACCGCCUCCCAGCCUAGGCGAUCGGGCGGGUUGCUGGGGCGCCUCCACCUCCUCUUCCUAAAGCGGCGAGGCGCAGCCGAGCGGCAUCACUGGAGCCCAGGUCCCAGCCACCGCCUCACGUACAGCUCUACAUUCAGGAAGAGGAGCAGCUCCGCAGUUGGCUACGACCUCGGCGAGCGGGCGUCUGAGAGGCCCCGAUCGAGAAGCCUGGGAGAGCAGCCGAGCUACCCCUGUAGGAGGAGCCAGUCUGAGCCCAAGGCGCCACUACCGCAGAAGCAGCGCGAAGUAGCAGUCGCCUCCAUGGCCCACUCACCGGUGGCUGUCCAAGUGCCCGGGAUGCAGUGCUGCGAUAAAACGAGUGUGCUGCAACACCCAGCUGAGAGACCAUUGUCUUCAAAAUACAAGAAUACCGUAGCCGAUCCAGAAGAACUGUUCACAAAAUUAGAGCGCAUUGGAAAAGGCUCCUUUGGAGAAGUUUUCAAAGGAAUCGAUAACCGUACUCAGCAAGUGGUUGCAAUUAAAAUCAUUGACCUUGAGGAAGCCGAAGAUGAAAUCGAAGACAUUCAGCAAGAAAUAACUGUUUUGAGUCAGUGUGACAGCUCAUAUGUGACAAAAUACUAUGGAUCCUAUUUAAAGGGUUCAAAACUAUGGAUAAUAAUGGAAUACCUAGGUGGAGGUUCAGCUUUGGAUCUUCUCCGUGCUGGUCCAUUUGAUGAAUUCCAGAUUGCCACCAUGCUCAAGGAGAUUUUGAAAGGUCUGGACUAUCUACAUUCCGAAAAGAAAAUUCACCGAGACAUUAAAGCUGCCAAUGUCUUGCUUUCAGAACAAGGUGAUGUUAAACUUGCUGACUUUGGAGUUGCUGGCCAGCUGACAGACACCCAAAUUAAAAGAAACACCUUUGUGGGAACUCCAUUUUGGAUGGCUCCUGAAGUUAUUCAACAGUCAGCUUAUGACUCUAAAGCUGACAUUUGGUCUUUGGGAAUUACUGCCAUUGAGCUUGCCAAGGGAGAGCCUCCGAAUUCUGACAUGCAUCCAAUGAGAGUUCUAUUUCUUAUUCCAAAAAACAACCCCCCAACUCUUGUGGGAGACUUUACUAAGUCUUUCAAGGAGUUUAUUGAUGCUUGCCUGAAUAAAGAUCCAUCGUUUCGCCCUACAGCUAAAGAACUUUUGAAACAUAAGUUCAUUGUGAAAAAUUCAAAGAAGACUUCUUAUCUGACUGAACUGAUCGAUCGCUUUAAGAGAUGGAAGGCAGAAGGACACAGUGAUGAUGAAUCUGAUUCCGAGGGCUCUGACUCGGAAUCCACCAGCAGGGAAAGUAAUACUCACCCUGAAUGGAGUUUCACCACUGUGCGUAAGAAGCCUGAUCCAAAGAAACUACAGAAUGGGGAUGAGCAAGAUCUUGUGCAAACCUUGAGCUGUUUGUCUAUGAUAAUCACACCUGCAUUUGCUGAACUUAAACAGCAGGAUGAGAAUAAUGCAAGCCGAAACCAGGCAAUUGAAGAACUUGAGAAAAGUAUUGCUGUGGCUGAAGCUGCCUGUCCUGGCAUCACAGAUAAAAUGGUGAAGAAAUUAAUUGAAAAAUUUCAAAAGUGUUCUGCUGAUGAAUCCUCUUAAGAAAUUUGUUGUUGUUAUUGUUGGCUUCUGCGUCAUAUGGACCCAGAGAAAGCCACCAAAGCUAUGUCAACCUUAAUAAUGCUUAACCCAUGAGCUCCAGGUGCCUUUUGGAUUUUUGCGACAUUGAAGAUUUAGGAGAAGCUAUUCAACUAUUUUGUGAUGGUGGCUAUCAUUUUGUAUUUUAAAGAGAUUAUUUUGUAAGGAAUAAUUUUAAUACUAUAGUUUUGCCUGUAUUGUAGUAAAUGUUGAGAUACAGUUUUUUUUUUAAAUUUUAGUUACCAUUAUUUCUUAUGUUACUAGAAUGAAUAGUGUUUGAUUUUCAAUCUUUAGUUAACUGUACACUCAUGAAACAUACAGGUUUUUCAAAGUCAUCCUAAAUAUUGAACAUCUGUAAAUCAUCAAGCUUAAAAAAACAUUCUUUUUUUUCUUAUGUAAACAUUCUAAAAAUGACUGUAGGGAGGUAGAAAUAAGACAUACCUUCUUAAAACCAAUAUUUUUAAUAAGGUCUUGGAUAAAACACCUAGAAAAGUAUUGAUUUUUCUAGCGAGGUGUUCUGGAUUCCAAGCAGCUCCACAUUUAUCACAUUUGAGAACCUUGUGUUUGAAGCAUUUCCAGGCAACAUGUAGCAAAAGAAGUACCUCUUGGUGUUUUUAUCUUCUCUUUCACACGGAAGGAGCAAUGAACCCUUAUUUAACAUGGUUAGACAUUUAAAGUAAUCUCAUUUAGCCAAGAAUGAAGGUUUGGUUUAACUGGCAGAGUUUGUCUGGCUUCAAUCUUUAAAUCUUCAGCUCAAAUAACGUAGUACAUGUUUGGAUUUAGAAACCUUUUAACUACCUUGUUGUCUUGUGAGUAGAUACCUGAUUGAUAGGUAUGAACAUAACGACACCAGCAACUUUUGUCAUGGUAACGCAUUUUCGUAGAAACUAUUUAUACGUUUUUCUUUAUAAUUAUCCACACAUAAGCAUAGUGUGUUCAGUUUUGAAAGGGUAUUUAAGUGAACAUUGUCUAGCUCAUAUGAAAAUACCAUAGGGCACGAUCAUUUCUCUUCAUGCAAAGGUAAGAUAGACUGUACAGUUAAUUUUCAGUUCUAUUUAUGGUACUGUUAAGUGGAUAAUAUCCUUUUUUUUUAGCCCAAUAUAUAUAUUAUGCUUGCCUAAGUGCUGAUCUGGGGCUAUAGUUUCAUAGUUGUAGACAUGUUGGUACUGAUUAAUUUCAACAGUUAAGAUUUUAAUGUUUGUAUCUGUGCAUUUGAUUUUUGCACAAAUGAUUUUUAAAGUAUCUAGAAAACUGCCAAAUAUUACAAGAAAGCUGUUGUACAAGUGAACAAUACAGUUUUUAGUUGAAGUGGCCAUUACAUCCCUUCUUUGAAAAAAGAAAUACAGACACUUGAGAAGAUGUAAUGUCAUGUGCUAAGAACAUUCUUGUCACUGGUGCCUAUACUGGAACAGUUGCUUGCCUUUGACUGUAUUUUGAAGUAAUGAUUUGGUUAGAUUUUUUUCAUCUGCUCUGUAAUUGAAACUCAAUUACAUUUUGUUCUCCACAAUGCUCUACAAAUAAUUGUGUGACUUGAAUCAUGGAUUACAUUCGUAUUUUUGUAAAAAUAAAAUCAACAAGUUCAUCAAUUGAUUGUGUAAAACCUUACCCCAUAGCUGCAUCCCAAAUACAACUUGUAUUGCUUACUCAUUAUAGCUUUAGUCCUGUAGACUGUUUCUAGGUGAAGCAUACUUCAGUGUUUGGGGGAUUUAAAAAAAUAAAUAUUUAAAUUUUA